CUGGCUGGAAUGAUGCUGUGGAACCAGCAUGAUUAUGCAUAAACUUUUCACCAGCUCAAUAUGCAUUAUAUAUUGCUGCCAUCUUUUUUGGGUUUUUAUAUUGCAUCACUAACAUCAACAGUAGGCUAUCAAUACCAUAUGCUACAUAUAAUCAUAUUAGAGCUCCAUGAAAUAGAAUAGAAGUUAAACAAAUGACAUGUGUAUGUGUCAAUUAAAGUAUCAAAAAUUAUAUAAAGCAUAAGAUAUCCAAGUAAUCGGCCAAAUAAAUUAAACUGGAUCUAAUUCAAUAACUUCGUAUUUAUAUUCUUCAUGACAGGUUAAACUCUCAAUACUUUGUGUUACUUGAGAUUGCUAGCUCUAUUAGGACUUGUUCUCUUCGACAUAAAAUAACUAAACUGAAUUGAAUAGUGAUAUUUGAGAGUAAAAGUAUUGUUCAGAGCUGAACUGAAUUGAAUUGAAUUGAAUUGAAUUGAAUUGAAUUGAACUGAGCUGAGCUGAGCUGAGCUGAUUAAUUGAACUGAAAAUAAGUUGGGGUGAAUAGGCCCUUAGAACCUCUCAUACAUGCAACUUGAACGAAGCCUACUCAAAUUAACAUCUUCUCAUAACCCCCUCUCCCCCAAAAAAAAUAAAAAGAAAAAAGACACAUGCACUUUAAUUUUGAGUUAACUAAUCUUGUUCUUAUAACUAUAAUGGUAGAAAGGUAAGAGUUUCCAUUUUUAUUAUCUAUCUAAGUAACUAAUUAGUUAACACACAUUCUUUCUCUCCCACUCAGUUUUUCAUCCGUUGCUUGCUUCACUUCCUCCCUUCACUUGCAUGGUAGCUAGGCAACAUACUUUCUUAACCCCAAUAUACACCCUCUUUCUGGUAAUGUAACAAAAUACUUUCUAUAACUCUUUUACGAAAGUUAACUUCUUGUUAUACCAUAAAAAUUCCUUCUUUUAUCUAUAUCUAUCUAUUAUAUAAGGGAAGAGGAAAGGGAUACCAAAAAUGGUAAUUCCUUUUAUACCCUUAAGUAAUAAAAUACAAAACUCACCAUUUUUCAUCAUUAUGCCCUCAAUUAACAAAAUAUUUACAUCAUCAUUGAUUUAUUGGCUUUCAAAAAACAGAAAAAAAAUUAUACAAUGAAUUUUAUGAAUAAUUUUUCGUAUAUAUUAUUACGCAAUUGACUUUUUAUUUGUUUUCACACGCAUCACGUGCAUAUAAAACUAUAAUUUUUUUUAACAACUUCCCCUACUCACAACAAAAAAAAAUCCCCUAAUAUAACCACCCACUAACUUUAUCUCUUACAAAAAAAAAUUUACUUUUUUUAUAUUAUGUUAAACUCCUUUUAUAAAAAUAAAAAAAAAGGUAACCACCCACUAAUAUAAUUAGCCACUUGGGAAUUAUUCCCGAAAUUCACACCCUUUGUAAGUCAUAACCAACUAUGGAAAACUCUGUUUUUGCUAUGCUUCUCCUUCUUGUAAUGGUGGUGAGUGGAGAGCAAUGUUUGAAGAACAACUACGUUUACAAGGGAAAAAUUACGAGGAGGAAAGAGAAUAAUUAUAGUAGCAAAUCAUGUGAUUUAUAUACAGGAAAAUGGGUACAUGAUAGCUCAUAUCCUCUUUAUGAAGCAAGCAAUUGUCCUUUUUUUGAGAAACAAUUUGGUUGUGAAAAGAAUGGAAGACCUGACACUAAUUAUCUCAAGUUUAGAUGGAAGCCUUCUCAUUGUCUUUUACCAAGGUUUGAUGGUGGUGAUUUCUUGACAAGAUUAAGAGGGAAAAGAAUGUUGUUCGUGGGAGACUCAAUAAGCCUGAAUCAAUGGCAAUCUCUUGCAUGCAUGCUUCAUACAUCUGUGCCACAAGCUGACUACAAAUUAGCUAGGAGUGGAGGACUCUCUGAGUUCACUUUCCCAGCCUACAAUACUUCUUUGAUGUUGUUGAGAGAUGGAUUCCUUAUAAAAAUUGUGAAUAAGAAGGUUGGGAGGGUACUAGUUCUUAAUUCAGUAAGCCAAGGAAAAUCUUGGAAGAAUUUUGACAUCUUGAUCUUCAACACUUGGCAUUGGUGGCUUCAUACCGGAAGGAAACAGCCGUGGGAUUAUAUUCAAGAUGGAGAUAAAAUGUACAAAGACAUGGACAGACUCGUUGCGUAUGAGAAAGGACUGAAGACUUGGGCCAGAUGGGUAGACUUGCAUUUGAAAUCUACAAAUUCCAAGGUGUUUUUCCAAGGAGUCUCCCCAGAUCAUAUGAAUGCACUAAACUGGACAGCUCCAAAUGCAAGAACAUGCAUAGGAGUAACUCAACCGUUAGUUGGUGCCACAAACAAUGCAAUAGUGGAACAUAACCCAGCAGAAAGGAUUGUAGAGAAGGUGGUAAGAGAAAUGGAAAGGCCAGUACAUUUGUUGAAAGUAACACCACUUUCCCAAUUAAGAAGGGAUGGUCAUCCUGGGAUUUAUGGCAUAGGCAGACAUAGGCUUCCCGAUUGUAGUCAUUGGUGUCUCCCUGGUGUCCCCGAUACUUGGAAUCACCUUCUCUACGCCUCUCUUUAUUCCUAACUAGAUUUAUA